CGUCCAAGUUGGGAAGGUGGGCGUACGUGCGCCUUCGAGGCAAGAAGUUUGAUAUGCCAUCCUCGGAUAACCAAGUCAACGAGGCUGCCGAUGCGUCACGUAGCCGGUUCUCUAAAGACUUGGUGGUUGUCUCCGCGUACCGGCCAAACCCCCCGGGUAAGGGCGAAUCUACGCGACUUUGUAGCAAAGGAUUGGAGGAAGCAAUCCUACAACGUCAUCCAAGUCGAACUGCAGCAACCCAGCAUUGCAACAAACGUGGCAGACCCAUUGAUGGGAUUUUCGCAACUUCCGGAGUGGUGAUUAAAGCGGGUGGCUACUACAACUUUGAUGAAUUUUUCGCCUGUGAUCAUCGCGGUCUGUGGAUCGAUAUUGAUUUGGAACGGUCUCUUGGCAGCUAUCGUCCGGAGAAGACACCAUAUAAGCCUUGCAAAUUAACAAUGCUUGACACAGCGGCUGUUCGACGCUAUCUCCGGCUGGUUCACCAAGGCUAUGACGUGUACUCCAUUCCAUUGCGGUUGGAGCAGCUUCAUAGACAAUUAACAUUAAACAGUGGGAUUAUGACUGAGAAAAUGGGACGCCAGUAUAACUGCUUGCACAAGCAGAUGUACGAUAUUCGUUGGAAAGCGGAAGCGAGGUGUCGAAGGGUUACAAAUGGGGCUGUCCCGUGGUCUCCCCAGAUCCAAAACUUUUGGGACCGCCAGUCCCUCUGGAAGCUACUACUGAAGGGAAGGAAGCAAUGUCGAGUCAGCUCGCGGAAAAUCCGUCGCCUUAUGAAGAAGACUAAGUUGCCCGACGCGUGGAAGAAGACUACAGUUGAAUUGGAGACGGCAUUGCGUAAUGACAGGAAGGAGUACCUGCAUGCCAAGAAAAACCACGCGGUUUCAUGGCGCAAGGAGUUCUUGACUGUUCAAGUGAAGAAAUCUAAGAAGAAACAAUGGACAUCGCGCAAGGCUAGGGAUCGCUUUUUGAGGUUACGGCGGAUGAAGCAACGAGAGGAGGCGAGACGCCGCCGCCGCGCCCAGUCAAAAGGAUCUACUGGUGGUUUGCAAGCGAUUCAAGUUGAGGAGCAGUUACCUACCGGACAAGUGGAUCUGCGAACUCUCACCGACCGGAGACAAGUUGAGCAAGGGUGCAUGCAGGAAAAUCGCACAAGGUAUGACCAGACUCGAUCGCCCUAUACGACUCCUCCCAUGGACGAACCCUUGUAUUCAAUGUUCACGGGGGCAGACGCAGAGAGGAACUCCCACGCACUUCUGGAGGGCCGCCUUCCCAUGCCGGAUGGGAUUGAUUCUUACACUCAGUCAUUCCUGGAGCAGUGCCAGAAUAAGGGCUCGGAACCGCAUGGGCUUCAUAAGGGGCAUUUCAAGACUGGGAUUUAUUCUCCCAUGGUGGCCCAAUGUGACGCUCUCUUCCGCCACAUACCCUUGACAACUGGGUUUGUCCCUGACAACUGGCGGCAUCUGAUGAAUUUCGCCAUUGAAAAGAAGCCAGGCGACUUUCGGCUGACGAAAAUGCGUACGAUUCAGCUCAUGAAUUCUGAAUCCCAAGCGAACUACAAGAAACUGGGCCGCCUGGCCAUGGUCUACGGCGAAGAACAUCACCUCUUGGCCGAUGGACAGUGCGGGUCUAGAAAGCACCAUCAAGCGAUCGAUCUUGCCCUGUCUAAACGCCUUGUGUGGGACCUUCUGAUUCUCCAGCGCCGCUCUGCGGGUUGGAUUUCAAAUAACGCAAAGUCGUGUUUUGAUCGGGUCGUCCAUUGGGUUGCGGCUGGAGGCAUUAGUGCUACUGGAGGGGCAAUUAACCCAGAAAAGUCCUUUUGGUGGUUGAUUGACUUUGUGUGGGACUCCAGAGAGGGCAAAUGGAGGUUCCGCCGGACGCACCAACUUCUACCGGAUCAUCCAUUACAAAUACCUGGACUGACUGGCGAAUUGGAAGCCUUACGCCGUCUGGAGCCGGAUGAGGCAGAGAAAACCUUGGGGGUCAUGUUGGCCCCAUUGGAAGAUCAACAUGCUCACGUCGCCCACCUCAAGAGUAUCGCCAAAAAGUGGGCUGAGCAAGUGCGAUCGGGGCAUCUACACAAAUACGAUGUCAUUCCCCUUAUCAAGACAACAGUGAUGAAAUCCCUGGAAUAUCCUAUGGUGUUAACUACACUGGAUGCUGCGACAUGGGUGUCAAUUAUGAGUCCUGUUCUCCAAGUCUGCCUGCCGAAGGCCGGCAUAUGUAGGAGCUUUCCUCGUGACAUGGUUCUUGCCCCUCUCAAAUUCCAGGGUCUGGGCAUCCCCCAUCCGUUUGGUACUCAGGUGUCUAAACAUAUUGAGGUCCUGCUUCGCCACUUGUCCAACCGAACAAAAACUGGGGCGUAUAUGGAGGCUGCGGCUCAAGAACACCAACUUGAGAUUGGCACCUCCUUUGGACUCUUCCAGCAGGACUAUAGCAACACGGCAAUUUUGGCGUCAGAAACUUGGCUCAAAAGAGUCUGGAAAGAGUUGGAGGACUUGGAUAUCUACGUUGCUCUUGACUCUCCUGUCCUCUCUCUCCGGUGCGACGGCGAUGCCUUGCUCAUUGAGGUAUUCAUGGAGUUGGAAGUGGACCAGGACGCUCUGAAAUGGCUCAACUGGUGCCGUAUGUUCCUCCAAGUUUGCACCGUCUCCGACAUCGUUACCACCGAUGGCCGCAGUAUCCGGGAGUCAAUGUGGCAUGGGGAACGUGACUACGCUCAUCGGUCGUCAUAUCAAUGGCCUCGCACUGUCCGGCCCAACAGGAACCACUGGAAGCUGUGGCAGGACCACCUUACUCGAGCACUACUUGUCUCUGACGGAACCCAGCGCCUACUGCGUCAUCCUCUGGGCCCAUGGUUCAAUCCUCUCGACAACUGGAACUGGUUAUGGUCUUCUACCCACGGAUUGUUCCACCGCCAGGGCCACGGUUGGCAACACUACUGUCAUCGUCGCCCCUCCACACGGAGCAUUCAAUGGGACUAUCCUCGUUCUACGCAAUUGUUCGGGUGCAAACGACCACAUAACGAGCCUACCGACAACGGCGUCAGCUUCUUGCCGGCCCCCUUUUGGACCCAACCACUCCCAGCCGACUUGUGCCGAGCUACCGUCCACAUUACGCCUUCGCUAGGUACUCUAGCCCUCACCGGCACUGGGACAACACCGAUGCAGCCGCAUCACGACUCUCAACCGUCUUUGCUAGCUGUCUGGAUGGCCGCCUCAGCCAGGGUGACCGAGGUUUCUAUUCCGUACACGGGCCGAGCAAAGUACGACAAACGGUCUCCCGGAGUGACUAGUCCACAUUGUUUCACUCGGAGGAUUCAUGCCAAGAGAGUUGAUCGCACUUUGAGGUCAAUUCUCCACCCAGCAACUGCAAAACCUGACUUUCCAUUCGCAGCACCGGCCACCUACAUCAGUGAUUGGAAGUCGGCGCAACAAGGAUUGCUGAGUGUUAAGGCCUACGGUCCGGUGAAGGAUGCGAUCCUUACCUUGAUCAGCAAGUUACGGGAUUACUACAUUUUGACGGAGGUUCUUUAUCCAGGCAUCAACUUCACGGGGAUGUUCAAGUUUGCGACUACAAGGUUGUACGGUUCUUGCACCCUGUUCAAACUGCUCUUGUCUAUCAAGGCCACUCCGGCCCAGGCUGAUCAGGCUUCCACCGCUGCCAAAGACAGACCCCCAACACCUGCCGACGACGACUCAUCUGAAGAGGAGGACGAUGAAUCCCAGGAGGGAGCGGGUUCCCUUUCCGGACCAUUCACGAAGGUGACAAAGAGAUGUCUCGGCCAUCUCUCUGUCCCUCUAUGUUUCACUCUCCCUCUGUCGACCACAGGACUAGGGAACUGCAGUCUGUCACGUAGAUGGUCGCCACCGUGUUCUGGAACACUGUGCCAUUGGGACGCUCUCCAUUCACUUGGAUCGAUACGCCCAGGGCAUUAG